AUGGACGACGAGUUCGGUGAUGAUGCCGACUUCGCUGCCAUUGUAGACGCUGUCGAUCGGAGAAACCAUGGCCCAGGCCCCUCUACCAACUCCUCCACCACAACCCCCAAGAUUCAACAACCCAAACCUCAAGCCCUGCCCUCCCGCUCCGCGCCCUCUUCCAUCCUCGUCUCCACUCGUCAGAAGGGCAAUCCCAUUCUCAACAACAUCCGUUCCCUUCCCUGGGAGUACGGUGAUAUACCCGCUGACUACGUCCUCGGCGCCACAACAUGCGCUCUCUUCCUCAGUCUAAAAUACCACCGCCUGCAUCCUGAAUAUAUCUACUCUCGUAUACGAGCACUUGGGCAAAAAUACAACUUGAGGGUGUUGUUGACGAUGGUGGACAUUCAGAAUCAUGAAGAGAGCUUGAAGGAGUUGAGCAAGACGAGUUUGAUCAAUAAUCUCACGCUGAUACUGUGUUGGUCGGCACAGGAGGCUGGGAGAUAUCUCGAAUUAUACAAAUCUUACGAGCAUGCUUCGCCGACGAGUAUACGCGCCCAUCAAGCUACGAGCUACUCAGAGAAACUCGUCGAAUUUAUCACCGUGCCGAGAAGCAUCAACAAGACGGACGCUCUAAGUCUGGUAUCGGCGUUUGGAAGUGUGAGAGCUGCCGUUAACGCGAGGCCAGAGGAGAUUGGAGAGAUCACCGGCUGGGGAGAAAAGAAGGUGCAGAGGUGGGUUGGGACUGUGAGGGAGAACUUUAGGGUGAGGAAGGCGGCGAAGAGGGGUAUUGGAGUUGUGAGAGAGGAAACCUCAGCUGGGCUACCUAGGGAUCAGAGCUCUGUAGGGCUGGUUAGGGAGGACAGCUUAUUCGAAGAUGCAGGUGACGAGCAACGCCGAGACUCAGCGCCAGUACCGAUUGGAAAACCUCCAAUGAAGGAUGCACCCGAGCCAAGACCUGGUACAGCUGAGAAAGCGCAGCAACGACCUCCUAAGAGACCGGCGGAUGAAGUCCCACUUUGGGAGCCUGGUGAAGAUGAAGAGGAGGCUCUCCUAUUGGCGGCCGCAGAGGAAAUGGAGAUGAGCCCAAGCAGAAAGGCGCACGCUAAUGAGAGUGAGCCGCGAUCAAAAGCAUUCGCCAAUGCCAAGGAAGGUCUGAGUGAAGGCAUGGCAGCGGCUCUGGCGAAGCUACGAAAAGAGUGA